ACCGACUUCCCCAUUUUUUUAGUUCUCUUUAUUGCUCUGUAAAUUGACAUCAAACUGGUUUUGUACAGAGAUAGCCGCAAAUUUGUAUCUGUGGUUGGGUGAAUGGGUAGCUUCCAACUUUGAGCAAGCACAGGAAGUGUGAGUGAUGGCUGCAACUAUUGGUUCAAUCUUUGCAUCUUCCACGCAAUGUUUUCCUACAGUGACUUCGGUUUCGGGUACAAAUGGGAGUCCAUCCGUUGCAGGCAGGCUUGCAAGUAAUUUUAUGGGUGCUUCCUUGAGAAGUCGUUUACCUAAGAUGGGGAAAGUUGUUAAGGUUACUGGGAAAGUAAGUGCUGCUGCUGUCGCAACAACUCCUGUUGAGGAAACCAAAGAGGUUAAGCUUCCUUCAUGGGCGAUGUUUGAACUCGGGAGGGCUCCUGUCUACUGGAAGACCAUGAAUGGCCUUCCUCCUAGUUCUGGGGAGAAGUUAAAGCUUUUCUACAAUCCAGUAGCUAGCAAACUUGUUCCAAAUGAAGAUUUUGGGAUUGGUUUUAAUGGAGGAUUUAAUCAGCCCAUCAUGUGUGGUGGUGAACCAAGGGCAAUGCUUAAAAAAACCCGAGGAAAAGCUGAUCGUCCCAUAUAUACUAUCCAGAUAUGCAUUCCUAAGCAUGCUGUAAACUUAAUCUUCUCAUUCACAAACGGAACUGAGUGGGAUGGCCCCUACAAACUGCAGUUUCAAGUUCCCAAGGCUUGGCAAAACAAACCAAUUGAAUUCUUUAAUCAGGGUCUAGCAGAGGAGUUGAGUAAAGAGGGUGCAUGCGACAAAGCAAUAUUUCCAGACACAAACAUUGUCAUCGACAGAUGUGCUCUGAUCGGUAACCUGACACUGGAAGGAGGUGAUCGGUGCAAUCUCGAUUUUGUAAUAGGAUGCACAGAUCCAAGUUCACCCUUGUAUAACCCGCUUGCCAAUGUAGAUGACGGGUCCUGCCCAAUUGAGUCGGACUCCGAGGAUUAGCAGCACCAGGUCCAGAAUCUUGUCACCUCAUAUAUGACUCGUACAGUUUCUAAUAUACAUUGACAGGGGUGAGAAAAGCCUAAGUUGACAGAAGUUUGCUGCUUCCUAGUUGUGUCAAAGCCAUUGCUGCAGGUACCUUCCAUUCUGCGUGGCCGUGCUUGUGCAAUUUCUCAACAAAUCAGGCUUCCAAAGUUCCAUCAAAUAAGAUCGUAUUUGAUUAGCAGAAUAUAGUAUGAGAUAGAAUAAAAGACAAAAUAUAUCUCAUGAUA